GGUGAUUCAGUUCCAUCCUUAUGACUCAGGUGAAACCUAAACAGUGUCAUCAGCACAGACUUUGCGAGCAGAGAUGGUUUGCGGUGGGUUUUUUUGCACUAAGAAUGCUCUCAGCGCUCUCAACAUACUUUAUGUGCUGGUGAGUCUGCUCCUCAUCGGGGUGGCUGGGUGGGGGAAAUGGUUCGGCAUGGUGUCCAGCAUCAGGUUGGUGGCGGGGGCCAUCGGAGUGGGCGUCUUCCUGUUCCUGGUGGCCGUGAUGGGGCUCUGCGGGGCCCUGAAGCACCACCAGGUCCUGCUCUUCUUCUAUAUGAUCAUUCUGUUUGUAGUGUUUGUGAUGCAGUUCUCUGUGUCCUGCGCCUGCCUCGCCUUGAAUAAACAACAACAGGACCAUCUGCUGGAGGCUGGAUGGAAUAAGUCUGAGGUGACUCAGAGAGACAUAGAGAAAACCCUCAACUGCUGUGGCUUCUUUCACUUGAACAAUGUCACAUGUGCUGCUAGCUGCUUUCUCCACGGACCACCUUCAUCAUGUAUCACCUGCUCCACCAUCAUCCAGAAGUAUACAGGGGAGGAGCUGCGGCUUGUGGGAGGCAUCGGACUCUUCUUCAGUUUUUCAGAGAUUCUGGGAGUUUGGCUUGCCCACAAAUACAGGAACCUCAAAGACCCUCGAUCAAAUCCUGGAGCCUUUCUAUAACAUAUAGAUAACGUAUAACAUUCUAUAAACCAAAUACUGCACUGCUGAAUUAUUGUUUGAAAAUGUGUUUGAGGUUUGUUUUCACUGUUUGAAAUCACAUUUAUCUGUACAUGUAAAAGAUUUCCUUUCUAUGUUUUUCUUCCACGUUCUGGUCAGACUGUGAACUUUAACUGUAACCUGGUAAAUGUCCCCUUUUUAAUUCUGCUCUGUUAACAGCAGCUGUGCACUUACUGCAAAUGCACACACCUUAAUCAAAUAAAGUGGUGUAAUAACCACUCCCAGACUAAUUUAACAAACAGUAGAUUUGGGUGUUGGACGUCUGAACAGCAGGGAAAGAUUCAAUUAAAAUUGAACCUGCAUUAAACAGACAAACCUGGUUUCUUCUACUUUUUUUUCUUUUUUAUGAUUUGUGCAGUAUGACAAAAACAAAAAGUUGAAUAUGAGACACAAGUGGAAAAACAAGCAAAUAAAUAAUUAAGCAAAGCAAUUCUGUCUUAUCC